AUGGCGAGGAGGGUGUCCGCGCUACUGAGGCCGCUGUCCGCCUCGCUUCGCCCCGGGACACCGCAGCUCCGUCAGCUCGCCAGCCUCAUCCACCCUCCGCCGCUCUACAGCUCCGCUGCGGCAGCCGCCGUCCGCGCUCCACUUCCGGCUGCAGCCUGUCACACACCCCGCUACCACAUCCUCCAACGGGUGUCGGCUCUUGUUCCCAGUCUGACUCUGCAGCCAAGCAGAAGCCUGAUCUACUAUAGUCUGAAGAAGGGCAAGACAAAAACCGUCAAAUCUGUCACACAAAGAUUCAUGAGGCUGCACUGUGGACUCUGGAUAAGACGCAAGGCUGGGUACAAGAAGAAACUGUGGAAGAAGAAACCUGCCAGACGAAAGCGCCUGAGGGAGUUUGUCAUCUGUAACAAAACACAGAGCAAACUUUUAGAUAAAAUGACAACUUCUUAUUGGAAGAGGAGGAACUGGUAUCUCGAUGAUCCAUACCUGAAGUACCACGACCGUGUAAACCUCAAACCGUGAUUUGAUAUGUCUAGAGGUGUCAUGUUUUCUGUUCAAAUACAAUGUAUUGAUGUAAUAUACAUAAUAAAGUCCAAUAUGGUAAAUCA